AUGUCGCUGAGCCCCAAGCACACGACGCCCUUCUCCGUCACCGACAUCCUGAGCCCCAUGGAGGAGAGCUACAAGAAGUUCGGGGCGCUGGAGGGCGCCGGGCACCUGGGCUCCCCGCUGGGGGCUUAUCGCCAGGCGCAGGGCGCGCAGGCUGCCCCGGCCAUGCAGCAACACGCCAUCGGCGGCCACAACGGGGCGGCGGCCGGCGCCUACCACAUGCCGCACGGCGUCUCCCAGUUCCCCCACAGCGCCGUGGGGGGCUACUGCAACGGGGGGCUCGGCAACAUGGGCGAGCUGCCCGCCUACCCCGACAGCAUGCGGAACAGCGCGGCCGCCGCCGCCAGCGGCUGGUACGGGGCCAACCCGGACCCCAGGUACUCCACAAUCUCCAGGUUCAUGGGCCCCUCGGCCGGGAUGAACAUGGCUGGCAUGGGCACCCUGAGCGGCAUCGCCGAGGCGGCCAAGACCAUGGCCCCUCUCCACGCGGCGCCCCGGCGGAAGCGGCGGGUGCUCUUCUCCCAGGCGCAGGUCUACGAGCUGGAGCGGCGCUUCAAGCAGCAGAAGUACCUGUCGGCGCCGGAGCGGGAGCACCUGGCCAGCAUGAUCCACCUCACCCCGACGCAGGUGAAGAUCUGGUUCCAGAACCACCGCUACAAGAUGAAGCGGCAGGCGAAGGACAAGGCCACGCAGCAGCUCCAGCAGGAGCCCAGCCUGUGCCAGCAGCAGCAGCAGCAGCAGCCCUCCCCGCGGCGGGUGGCCGUGCCGGUGCUGGUGAAGGACGGGAAACCCUGCCCGGGCAACCUCAGCAGCACCCCGGCUGCGCCCAACCAGCCGGCGCCCCAGGGCGCCCCGGAGCUGGAGGAGAUGUCGCCCAGCCCCCCCUCCCUCCACAGCCAGGUCGGCGGCAUGGCCCAGAUGGACACGGCCAACGUCGAUUACAGCAGCAGCCUGGUCAACCCCAACCUGCUGUACAGCAGGACGUGGUAA